UGUAAACCUGGAGUUUUUCCAAGACGUAGCGACUCAAUCGGCAAAGACAGGAGUCGAAGACAAGGAAGUGAUUAGAUAGGUCCAACGAGGAGGGAGCGAUGAUCCGCCUCAAAGCAAAGCAAGCGGAAAAGAAAGCGGAGGAGGAGAAGGAGGCGGCGGCCGCUGCCGAUGCUGGUGAGGCUGCGCCGGCCCCGAAGCCCAAGACGAAAAUCCUCGGUGUAGGUCGUGGCAAGCGUGCCGGUGCCAGCAAAGAGAAGAAGCGCACGCCGGGCGAGAUCCGCAUCCAGAAAGAUAUUGCAGAGCUGGAUGGCGGCAAGGCUGCGACGGUCUCGUUCCCGGAGGUGAACGACCUCACAGUGUUCAACGUCAAGGUUGCGGUGGACACGGGACUGUGGAAAGGCGCGUCAUACGACUUCAGUUUUAAGAUCCCUCCUAUGUAUCCGCAUGACCCGCCCAAAGUUCGAUGUCUGACGAAGAUUUACCACCCGAACAUUGACCUUGACGGCAAUGUGUGCUUAAACAUCCUGCGUGAGGACUGGAAACCUGUGCUGGACAUCAACUCGGUUAUCUAUGGCCUGAUCUACCUGUUCUACGAGCCGAACCCGGAUGACCCUCUGAAUAAAGAAGCUGCUGAGCUGUUCCGUAACGACCCGAAGCAGUUUGCCGCAGUCGUUCAUCGAUCUUUGCGUGGGUACAGUGUCCAAGGCAUCGAGUUUGAGCAGCUGAUCUAAACUCGCGCAGCCGGUACGACAAGUUUUUGGUUCCAAGCGGCCGAGUGAUCGGUGGUUAACGCCAACUAGUUUUAAGUUUUAAGGCCUAGCGUCAUAGACAGCACCGUGGUCGUGAACGGAUCAGCAACUUACGUAAUCGAGCUGAAGAUUUUGGCUCAACUCAUGCGGCUUUGUACAUUCGCUUAUUUUAUUUGUUCGCGCAGAUUGGCGCCGCCAUCUAUCGUCUUCAGAUUCAAGAAAUACAGCAAAAUACUGCUACGAAAUGUAAAUGGCCUCGAUCUCUUCGGACGUGCUGUCACGAAGGACAUUUUCCUGUUUCAAAUGAAAAAAAAAGAAAGUCAGACACUG